ACAUGGAAAGAGCUGAAUGGAAGUGUUCACGCUCUUUUUUCUUUUUCAACCUUGAUAUCGCCUGGGCUCAGAGGUGGCACGGGGACGCAGUGGUUCUUCCCAAAAUCCUUUAAUCGAUCUGACUCUGAUUUUCGGGGAUUGCGACGACGGUAAUUUUGUUGCCUCCUCUAUUAUCAUUGCUCGAAAAUCGGGCUUCGCAGGCUUCAUCAAGCUCGAAUUCUGCAUCUGUUAUUUCCAACAUGCGGCAGACACGCGCAAAAACUACAUCGUCUGCUCCUCCUACCAGUGACACUGUAUCGUCCUCUCCUGCACCGGCACCUGCGACUAAUUCUUCGCCAGUCCGUGCUUCACCCCAUACACGAUCCAGGGGACCCGCAGCCACUCCAACAGAACCGAUUAGCAGUACUAGCACUGCUCAACCCCGCGUUCGUACACCGUUGACGAUUCGCUUGCCAAGAGCAUCGCUUACGGGAAAUGCGACAUUCUCUAUCACCAACAAAGCUUCUGCAGUGUCACUCACCGCUUCUGCACCUGCUGUUGGCCCUGGUCCUGAUGCUCCUAUCCCCACCUCAUCCAUACGCACGCCCAUACUUGCACCUACUCCGCCAAAGCGUGAGCCACCCCCGACGUCAUUCAAUGUAACCCAACCUGCAUCCACUACCCCUGCGCGACCUCCUCCGCCCGCGCAUAAGCCAAUUCCGCUAGCACCAAAACCCAUGCCUGCAUUACCCCCGCGCUUGGUGGCCCCACCUAUUUAUACUUUCCCACCACCCCCACCCCCUCCAAAUCACGUUGAUGACUCUACAGUUGCGCCCAUACGACUCCCCGUACCUGCGACACCCAAUGCCAAUGCAGGAGCUCUAUCAACCCUGUCCGCGCAAUCUGCCGCAUUAGCAAACACCACAGUUUCCACUUCUCCGCGCCGUCUUACACCUCCUCCUGCGUCAUCGCAUACUUCGCUUCCUACCUCUUCGUCGACCACUCUACGACCUAUUCACCACAUGCUAGCAAUGGCUUCUGAAUCGCAGCAUGCUCAUCGACAAGCUUCUCAGGCUCAAUAUCCCACUCCGUCUUCAGCAGGAGCGUUACCUUCCCCAGCUUCUGGUGCAGACCUUGAGUUCGAUUAUGCAAUGGAGGUGGAUACAGAAGGCAUCUCAGCGAUGACGAAUAGUCGCAAUAACUCGACAGCUCCAAAAACAUCAGACAAGCACCGCGAGGCCAAUAAAAAAUAUCGUCAGAAGUUGAAGGAAAGAAUAAAGAAUGGCGAAAUUGAUGAAAUAGAAGCUGAGAGAAUGAAAGAGAGGAAGCGUACUAAUGCCCGCAAUUCUCGUGCGCGAAGGAAGCUGGCGAUGCGCGAAGCAGCUAAAGACAAUGACCCCAUGUCAAGUGUCGAGCCAGGCUCGUUUGUUGACCCUGGCAUCCGACAAUCUCUCCCUCCGCCCGCUGACCCGACCCCAGGUCCUGGCGAUUUCUUGUUAUGCCUCCCUGAUACGAACCCACCGCCUGGGUCUUACUACUCCACGACUUUCCACGAAAUCCUUACCAAAACUGACCGCAACAGCGGGAGCAGCGACGGUGCGAGCAUCAACAACCCACAUUUUGAGCCUGAUAGCCAUGCGAACUUCGAAUUUGACUCCGUCAUGACCCCCGCUCUCUUCCCACUCACCAAAGCCCGAGUUUUUAGCGACGCCUGUACGAUGACAGACUCCACCCCAGAACUCCCAAAAGAAAUUGAUAUGGGAUCGUCCCUCGAACCCAUCGCGCCCGCCCUCGCCCGCCGUCCACACAGACAACUCACCCCCGAACGUCUCCGAGAUUUUGCCGCGAACCCACUAGAGCUCAUCGACAAAGCGUUUCUCCUCAUCGUCCCCGAUCCAAGCAGCACCCUCGGAAAACUCGUGUUGUGUAAAGUACUCGAGCACCGCGUGUCUUCUGUUGGACAUCGUUUUCUCGUGCAGUUUUGGGGGGAUAAGAAGGCUACUGAGAUGGGGGUUGAUAGGAUGAUGGAGGUGCUUGGUGGUGGGUAUGAGAUCGAUCCUCCGCCUGCGGGUCCUGAACCUGGACCACAGGGGGUGGGGUUAGCCGGGAGGGUGUUUGGCGCGUUGCGUUCGUUUACGGGAUUCUAGAUGCCUGAAGAUGUUUUUAUCUCGUUAGUUCAUUUUCUUUGAUCUUGUGAUUUUUAUUUAUUUCUCAGUAUUUCCCCCUAGGCCGUUGUGUUGUAUUUACUUUGUUGUUGUGCUGCACUUUUCGCGAUGCCUUGGCUGGUGUGGAUAUGCUUUUAUCUGCAUACUGUUAUUCUUCUUUGUUAUCUGUUAUUUUUUCUGUUUUAUGUGUUACUUACUUGUUACUUACUACGUUGUAUCGCGCUGAUAUCUAUAGUAAUUGACGACGCGGUUUCCUUAAGUACAGCGAUGUAGUCGGAUUACUAUAGUAAGAGAAUAGCUCUGAUCAGAC